CUUGUGGCCACAGGAGCCUCACGGCUCUUACCCCUGGACCCCAGACUGCCUAGGGUCCUUCCUCCAAAGCCCAGUCAUCUGAGGCCUGAGCCCCCGGAAAGAGGGAGGUACCCCCAGCCCCGCCUCUUCCCCCUGCCUGCUCUGCUUCCUCUCUCUGUGAGAACACUUUCACUUCCUGCUCCUCCAGGCCUCCCCUCCGAGAACAGAGGCCAGACCAUGGCUCACUGGCCACCUGCAUCCUGAGGAUGGGCCAGCCGGAGGACAAGGCCUCGGCAGGCCCCACCGACCGGGAGAGACUAAUCCCAUCACAGGCGAAUGGAGCAGGUGAGACCCACUUAGGGGUCUUUGGGACCCCAGAGCCACGCCUUCGACUGCAGAGAACAUGUGGGGUGUGGCAGAUUCCAGAGCUGGAUGCCCAGGGUGCAAAAGCCCUUCUGGAGCUGUGGCCACCAGGGAGUUUCCUGGUCAUAGGACAUGACCACAGCCAGAUCCUGGUGUUGAGGACAGGACCUUCGCCAGGGGAUGUCAACACAUACCGGAUCCAGAAGCUCCCUGGAGGUGUGUCUCUGGAAUCCUCUAAGCUCUGCAUGCCUGACCUGCCCCAUCUCCUGGCCUUCCUAUCAGCUAGCAGGGAUGUUUUACCCAGAACACUGCUCUUGCCCCCUCCCACUCUAGGGCCUGGAGACCAACACACAGAUUCUCUGCAGAUUGGCAGCAUUCAACUCAACACCUCAGGGAGGGUGCUCUUCGUGGUGAACAAGCUCUACCUGGAUACCCACAGAGGGUGGGGGACGAAACUGACCCCAGAGACAACUCCGGAAAUUGCUGAAACACAUGGUCCAGCCCCCAGGCACCCAGCCCCUCACCAGGUCUCCUGGGUGGAAGGCCCACUCAGCCCAGAGGUACAACAUCCUAGGCCACCUCUGGCCAGCCUGAUGGAGAAGGAGGAGGAGGAGGAGGAGGAGGAGGACAAAGAUGAAGAGGAAGGACCUGAGGAUGUGCUCACUCAUCACAUCCGGGCUCUAGCCAGGGCCCGGAGCGGCUAUGUGGCCAGGCAGUUCCGGGGCCUUCGGGCGCGCCUCACCUCCGACACUGCGGGGGCCCACAGGCCUGGGGACCCGGCCACAGAGCUGCUUCAGGAUGUGCGGCAUCUCCUCACUGACCUCCAGGAACACUUAGCAAAGGACCCUGAUGUCAGGGCUGUUUUUGAGAGCAGGGGACCUGGGGUCCCCCAGAAGGACGAGGAUCUAGGCCCCGCGGUGGAGGCAGCCUUGUGCCGGGCGGUGCUGGCGCCGCUGAAGCCAGCCCUGUGGACUCGACUCCGCAGGCUUCGCGCCCCAGAGCUGCGGCAACUGCGAAGGCGACAACUGGCUCUGCGCGCGGAGGCGGGGCGUUCUGGAGCUCAGGGGGCGGGGCGUGAUGGGCGGGGCCCCGCCCCCGCCCUGCGGAGCCGCAUCCACGCGCGCCUGGCUCACCUCCACGCUGCUUGCGCCCCACGCCGCAAGGUGUCCCUCCUGCUGGCUGUGUGCAGUGACGUCUACUCGGGCCUGGCUCAGGGCGACAAUCAAGAGCCGCUGGGGGCUGACGCCUUCCUGCCAGCGCUGACGGAGGAACUGAUCUGGAGUCCGGACAUUGGGGAGACGCAGCUGGACGUGGAGUUUCUCAUGGAGCUCUUGGAUCCGGAUGAGUUACGCGGAGAAGCCGGGUACUACCUGACCACGUGGUUUGGGGCGCUGUACCACAUUGCCCACUACCAGCCCGACGAGGGCCGCGCGCCCCAGCAGCUCAGCUCAGAGGCCAGGGCCUCCCUGCGCCAGUGGCACCGCAGGCGGACGCUGCACAGACAGAGCGGCCCUGGAGCCCAGCCCUUUGAGGAACCGUGGGAGAUAGAGAGUGUGCGGGAGACCAAUGACGAUUAGGGAUCUCAAAACUUUCUACUCGCAAACAAGAUUCAGAGGCACCUGAGACAGCACCAACUUUUGACCCCUGUGGUUUAGAGGGCACCAGAAGGAGGGAUGCCCAGGAAAAGGGAAUAGGUCGACCCCUGAGCCUUUGCCUUGGCAGUUCCUGCUUCUUGGAAUGCCCUUCCCGAAUAUCCACACUGCUGCUUCCUUCAGGACUUUAGGCAGAUGUCACCUUCUCCAGAGAGCCUCUCUCCUGACACCCCUUGUCUUAAACUGCAGCUCCUCUGGCUUGACCCUCCCUAUGGUAGACAGAGUAAGGCCCCCCACCCAAGACGUCCACCUCCUAAUCCCCAGAAUUUCUGAAUAUGUUACCUUAAGUGGCAAAAGAGACUUUACGGGUGUGAUUAAAUGAAGGAUAUUGGGGGGGUGUUAAAGAUUAUGAGAUGGAGAGAUUAUCCUGGAUUCAGAUGGGUCCAAUGUAAUUCCCAGGGUCCCUAGAAGAGGGAGGCAGGAGAGUCAGAGGAAGAGCUAUGAUGCUGCCAGCAGGAGUUCCCGUUGUGGCUUAUCGACAAUGAACUCGACUAACAUCCAUAAGGGUGCAGGUUCAAUCCCUGGCCCUGCUCAGUGGGUUAAGGAUCCUGCGUUGCCUGCGAUAAAGGUUGUGGAGGUGGCUCAGAUCUGGUGUUGCUGUGUCUGUAGUGUAGGCUGGCAACUGUAGCUUGGCUUCGAUCCCUAGCCAGGGAACUUCCAUAAGCCAUGGUACAGCCCUAAAAAAUAAAAAAAUAAAAAAAUAAAAGAAAAUAAAACUAUGAUGCCAGCAGAAGUCAGAAUGAUGUGUCCAGGAGACAAAGAGUGUAGGCAUCCUCUAGAAACCGAAAAAGACAAGGGAUGGAUUUUCCCCUAGAACCUCUAGAAGGAACUCAGCCUUUGAUUUUAUUUUUUUAAUUGAGGUAUAGUUCAUUUACAAUGUUGUCUUGGUUUCAAGUGUACAGCAAAGCAAUUCAGUUAUACAUAGAUAAGUGUAUAUGUACAUACAUAUAUAUAAUUCUUUUUCAGAUUCUUUUCCAUUAGAGGUUAUUAUGAGAUAUCGAGUAUUAGUUUCCUGUGCUAUACAGUAGGUUCUAGUUCUUUAUCUGUUUUAUACAUAUUCUAUAUAUAUGGAUACGUUAAUCCCAAACUCCUAAUUUAUCUCCCCCUCCUUUCCGCUUUGGUAAGCAUAAAUUUGUUUUCUAGUCUGUGAGUCUAUUUCUGUUUUGUAAAUAAGUUCACUUGAAUCAUUUUUUUAGAUUCCACAUAUAAGUGAUGUCAUAUGAUAUUUGUCUUUGACUUACUUCACUUAAUGUGAUAAUCUCUAGGUCCAUUCAUACUUUGGGCAUCUGAGCUUUAGAACUACAAGAUAAUAAAUGGGUGUUUUUUUUUUU